CACCGUUCAGACAACACGUGCGCGGUAUCACGAGAUCGCGAGUGCUAUAAAAUUACGUAAGCGUUAUAAUGAAAGUUCGGAAGCGGUAGCGUGCAAUGCGCGACCUGCGUUAUGCCACCGUUUCUCGUGGUCGUGCUGUUAGCAGUGCUGAACUUGUGUGAGCCGUUGUACCACGGUCAGUUCGCACUGAAUGUGCCCAGUGGAAAUGCGAACGAACUCGCACACAGACAUGGUUUUAUUAAUCAUGGACAGAUCGGGAACCUGAAACAUUUUUAUUUGUUUUCACACCCACACGUUACUAAGAGGUCUGUAAAUGCAAGCAUAGGAUAUAUUAACAAAUUAAAAAAUGAUCCUCAGGUAAGAUGGGUGAUGCAGCAGAGGGAGUUGAGAAGAACAAAGCGGGAUCACUCCCGCCCUGUGAUGAGACAAUCGAAUUUAUUAACGUUUCCUGAUCCAUUGUUCAAAGAACAGUGGUAUUUGAACGGCGGCGCGGCAGAUGGUCGAGAUAUGAACGUGGGGUUUGCGUGGCGCAAGGGCUACACCGGCAAGGGGGUCGUAAUCACAAUAUUAGACGACGGGAUACAGCCUAAUCAUCCGGAUCUCAAGCAGAAUUAUGAUCCAGCGGCGUCGACCGACAUAAACGGGAACGACACGGACCCGACGCCGCAAGACAAUGGUGACAAUAAACACGGCACGCGCUGUGCGGGCGAGGUGGCCGCCGUCGCGUACAACCGGUACUGCGGCGUCGGCAUCGCUUACAAUGCUAGCAUCGGUGGAGUCAGGAUGUUAGACGGCCUAGUGAACGACGCAGUGGAAGCGCAAGCGUUAAGUUUCAACACUCACCACAUAGACAUCUAUAGCGCUUCCUGGGGACCGGAAGACGACGGGAAAACGGUCGACGGCCCGGGCCCUUUAGCGAGAAGAGCCUUCAUAAAUGGGGUAACUAACGGCAGAGGCGGAAAAGGGUCUAUUUUUAUAUGGGCAUCGGGGAAUGGCGGUCGGCACACUGACUCUUGUAAUUGCGACGGUUACGCGAACAGUAUAUUUACGAUAUCGAUAUCGAGUGCGACGCAAGGAGGUUAUAAGCCAUGGUAUUUAGAAGAGUGUUCCUCCACUUUAGCGUCAACGUACAGCUCGGGUACUCCAGGCCGGGACAAGAGCGUGGCAACUGUGGACAUGGACGUGCAAUUACGCCCCGACCACAUAUGCACGGUUGAUCACACGGGAACUUCGGCGUCCGCUCCUCUCGCCGCAGGAAUUUGUGCUCUAGCGCUCGAAGCGAAUUCCUUACUCACUUGGCGAGACAUGCAGCAUUUAAUAGUAAUGACAUCUCGACCGCAACCUCUAGAGAAGGAAGACGGUUGGAUCGUAAACGGUGUGAAGCGUAAGGUGAGCCAUAAGUUUGGCUACGGCUUAAUGGAUGCAGGUCAAAUGGUUUCGUUGGCCGAGCAGUGGAUAAGCGUCCCGCCGCAACACAUUUGCAAGUCUCAGGAAAUAAACGAGGAUAGGUCCAUCGAAACCUCUUUCGGAUACACUAUUUCGGUACACAUGGACGUCAACGGAUGUAGCGGAACGAUGAACGAGGUCAGAUUUUUAGAACACGUUCAAUGUAAAAUUUCACUCAGCUUUUUUCCCCGAGGAAAUUUACGGAUAUUACUCACAUCGCCGAUGGGGACCACGUCCACUCUAUUGUUCGAAAGGACGCACGACGCGACGAGCUCGAAUUUCGACGACUGGCCGUUCUUAAGUGUACAUUUCUGGGGCGAAAACGCUGAAGGCCGAUGGACACUGCAGAUAAUAAACGCGGGCAAUAAUCACGUCACGCAGCCAGGAGUAUUGAAAAAAUGGCAACUUAUUUUCUACGGGACGGCCACUAACCCGAUAAGGUUGAGAAAUAAAAGCUAUUUCGAUUCGAAUAAUGUUCAGCAAGAGGAAAAAACCUAUCACAUUAACGAUGUAUACGACGCGUCCGAAUAUUCCCAGUUCUUAAACGAGAUCGAGCUCGGGAUAUCGGAUCGACACAGCUACCCGAAAAAUAUUCCGUCUUCUCAGAGGAAAAAUGUGCUGGCUGACGCGAACGAUAAACAAGUGCAGAGAAUGUGCGACCCCGAGUGUGACUCUCAAGGUUGUUAUGGAAAGGGGCCAACUCAAUGUGUCGCAUGUAAACAUUAUCGUUUAGAUAACUCUUGCGUAUCGAGAUGUCCGCCGAGGAGUUUCGUAAAUCAGGGCGGUGUUUGUUGGCCGUGUCACGAGUCGUGCGAGACGUGUGCCGGCGCGGGGCAGGACUCCUGCCUCACGUGUGCUCCCGCUCAUUUAUUAGUUAUCGACUUGGCUGUUUGUUUACAACAAUGCCCCGACGGUUAUUAUGAAGACCCAGAUGCCAACGCUUGCUUUCCUUGUGCGGAACAUUGCGAUACAUGCACUGAAAAGGCGGAUUUUUGUUCAUCGUGCGCUCAUAAUUAUGUUUUGUAUAAUGGAUCGUGCUUGGCAUCUUGCCCACCUGGGACGUUUCAGAAAGACGACUUAGGUUGCCUGGCCUGUCACGAGUUGUGUGAAUCGUGUAGAGGUCCCAAAGAAAGUGAAUGUGUAUCGUGUAGAAUAGGUUAUUACGCGUAUAAAGGCCAAUGCGUACCGAAAUGCACUGAAGGCUUUUUCGCUGAUAUUCAAAAGAGGGAAUGUGUGAGGUGUCCGAUUGGCUGUUCGGUUUGCUCGAAUACCAUUUGCUCUGUGUGUCAAACUAAGUGGCUACUUACAAAGGCUGGAGGUUGUUUCCCUAAUGGAAACGAUAAGUGUGAUACUAACGAAUAUUAUGAAGGAGGUCGGUGCAAAAAUUGUCAUUCCACUUGUGAGAAAUGUAGCGGACCGAACGAGUGGGACUGUUUAUCUUGUUCGAGCCCGUUGUUAUUGCAGGGAUCUAGGUGUGUCGCGGAAUGUGGGCAAGGGUUCUAUCAGACGGCCGGCAGUUGUUCCCAGUGUCCGCAGACUUGUGCGAAUUGUGUCUCGAGGUUGAAUUGUACAUCUUGUUCGGGAGCAUUACGCUUGCAGUCCGGAACUUGUAGGGCGACAUGUGCAAAUGGAUACUACCCGGACGAAGGGAUAUGCUCCAAGUGUUAUCUAUCUUGUGAGACUUGUACUGGCCCGAGGAGGGAUCAAUGCGCGUCUUGUCCACCAGACUGGAGAUUAGCAGCUGGGGAAUGUAGACCAGAAUGCCCACAAAACUUCUUCACCUGGGGAGACAGUUGCCGACGUUGCCACCAUUACUGCCAAGACUGUCAUGGCGCCGGGCCACAGAGAUGUACAUCGUGUCCGCCACACUUCUCUCUAGAAAACGGAUUAUGCGUAGAGUGCCUUAGUUCUCAAUAUUAUGAGCCUAGAACAAGGACUUGCCGUCCAUGCCAUGAUUCCUGUAGAUCUUGUUCUGGGCCCGGACCUACGAGCUGCGUUACUUGCGCGCAUCCACUGCGAUUAGAUAGAGUUAACCACAAAUGUCUGCCAUGCUGUACGGAGAGUAUGGCGUCGUUUUAUUUAAGUAGUAAUCAAUCGACAGAUUGCUGUCAUUGCACCAAAGAUAUUGGGGGCUGUUCGAACGGCUCGUCCGCGGGCAAGCGCCGCAUUGCGGACAACAUUGGGUCGCGUAUGACCGCGUCGUUUUUUGUCGACGACGCAAAAACCGCGCCAAAUAUCUUGGACCGUGAUUUAUUGAUAGUGUGGAGCAGCGCGGCGACGGCCCUCUUGGUUCUAGCUCUUGUGAUCGUGAUAAGGAUCAAAAUAAAACGUCGAAAGAACCUCACUUUAUAUCCAAAGACGGUUUAUUCUCAACUCACCACAGUCGACGAAGACAUGAAUAGUCUGUCCCUCUCCAACACAAGCACACUGAAAGUGACAGAAAACGUGACAAAUGUACUCGAAGAACCAACUUAGUAAAAACUCAAAUAAUUUUCACUGCAGACUGAUACGUAGAAAGUUCAUAGAAUCUGUAUAUAUUAUAUAGAUAAUAGCUUAUAAAAUGACCAAAUAAAAGAUUGUUUCAAUUGUUUGUUGUUUGUUUCGCGAUUUAUAACUGCAAUGCUUUGUUAAUUACAUGUAUCAUUAUGGCUAAUGCCGCACUUAUGUAUGAAUAAAGGAAUAUUUGUGUGUUGAUUUUUGUAUUUAGAUGUGAAUUUUUGAAAUUCAAUUACAUGGUCGAAUUUCGUAUACGGUACUACUUUAUGGUCUGUUUUUUCAAUUUAGAUACGAAAAUGUAGCAAGGAAAUUUGGUCGCUGACGAAUUUUAUAAUAACGCAAUUUUUAAUAAAACAAGCAGUGUAACAAUUGUUAAUAUUAAGUACUAAUUAAUUUACUAUAUUAUGUUUGAUGGUAACCCACUAAGUAGUUAAAAGUACAUUCAAUUGUAUUUUUCAAACAAUGUUACCUUAUAAUAAAAUUUAUUUCGACGUUUGAGCUAAUAUUACAUAUCUUUAUUGUUUGUUGGAUUCUCGAAGAAAUUGUUCCGCGAUGUACAUAAAAAAAUCAAUUAUGUAACGUAAAAUUAGAUAUCGUUAUGUAAAUAUGUAAAUAAUCAUAUGUAAAUAUAUUGAUGGUUUUUAUUACGGA